CAAAAAGAAAGUCUUAUACAACAACAAUUAAGCUAAAUUAUUAGUAUAUAAAUACAUAAAAGGCCCUCUUACCCUCCUUUAUUUUUUGCUUCUCAUUCUCACCCCCAACUUCUCUCUCUUUCUCUUUCUCUUUAUCUUCUCUCUUUCUCUCUCUCUUUCUCUCUCUCUCUCUCUGCAACUAUCUCUUUGUUGAUGUGAUUCUCCACUAUUAUCUCCAAAAACCUAUCAACCUUUACAAAAGAAGAAAGAUUACUUCAACAACAACCAUGGUUUUUUCCUCCAUUCCAGCUUAUCAUGAUCCCUCCAACUGGCAACAGCAACCAAAUCAAUCAACUCCUGGAACUCAUCAUACUAAUUCUCAGUUUCUUCCACCACCACUACCACCUCCUCAGACCCUUCCACCACCUUCGCAGCCUCAUGGUGUCGGCGGUUCGGGCUCGAUUAGGCCCGGUUCGAUGGCCGAUCGAGCUCGAAUGGCCAACAUACCGAUGCCGGAAACCUCGCUGAAAUGUCCACGCUGUGAAUCUACAAACACAAAGUUCUGCUACUUCAACAACUACAGCCUCACACAGCCAAGACACUUUUGCAAGACCUGUAGAAGGUACUGGACAAGAGGCGGAGCUCUAAGGAACGUUCCGGUGGGAGGCGGUUGCCGGAGGAACAAACGGAGCAAAGGAAGCAGCAGCUCGAAAUCUCCUGUGAGCUCCGAUCGCCAAACGGGAAGUAGUACUCCUUCUGGUUCUUCUACUUCAUCACUUCCCUCCAACAACACUCUAGCACCACCCGAUAUAAUUGGCCUCACCAAUCAAGUCCCAUCUUUAAGGUUGAUGGCUCCUCUCCAUCAUCAUCUCACUGAUUUCGCGGAGAUGGGAUUCAAUUACGGCGCCCUCAAUUACGCAGCAAUGGGUGGUGGUGGAGACUUCAACUUUCAGAUAGGAAGUAGUAGUACUGGUAGUCUAGGUCGAUUACCAACUGAUGGAAUGAUGGAUCACCAAUGGAGAUUGCAGCAAGCUUCGCAGUUUCCUUUCAUGGCUACUGCGGGUUUAGAUCCUUCGCAGCCUCCACCACCGGCUGGGCUUUUCGAAAGCGGCGGAGUGGAUGCAUUGGGAUAUCAUCAUCAUCUCCGAACAAAAUCAACCACUUCUGGGCUUGCCAGUCAGCUGGCUUCUGUGAAAAUGGAAGACCAUCAAAGCACAGAAAUGAAUUUGUCAAAGCAGUUGUUGGGAAUCAGUAGUAAUAUUAAUCCUGGAAAUGAUGAUAAUCAGUACUGGAGUGGUGGUGGUACCAGCAAUACUACUGCUUGGACAGAUCUAUCUGGGUUCAGCUCUUCUUCUACUACUAGCAAUCCACUAUAAAAGUUAUAGGUUUUGAUGUGAAUUGCUAUGGGGUUUUUCUUAUUAGUAAAAACUUAAUUAACUUUUUAAAGAAAUUGUCCUUGUGCUCCAACACAUUUGCAAAAAUCUUCCAGCUAGCCCUAGAGCAAUUGGAAGAUGAUGAAGAAUUCUGAGGAAUUAGAUAUUUGAGUUAAUUUUGUUAAUCUCUUUACACUGGUAGUACUCAACUAUAAACCCUAGAAAUGGAUGUUUUUUAUUAUUUUUUAUUAUUAUUUCAGUUUUUGCUUUUGUUUGGUUA